AGGGGGCCGGGGGCCAGCACAAAGGCCAGUAUUGGCUGAGCAGUGAUGAGGGAAGGACACGUGUUCCGUUUGUUCGCUUCUAAUAACUGAGCUAUUGGGCGCUACGUGUGCAGCGAGUCAUAGUGGCGGGAGUUGCACAUGACAGGAGGCGGCUCACGCGGAAGGCGCUGAAGAAAGGAGAAAGAAGAGACCUGGGGAUUUGAACAGCACCAUUCUCUGCUGUAGAAGUGAGUGCAAGUAAAUAAACAAGAAAGGAGAGGUCAAUAGUUAUCUUCUACGCCCUUAGAGACCUCAGGGAUACGUGACAUGGGUGCCGGUGCAGUGUGGGCGGUGUUAGGGGUGUGGGCGGCUCUCAUAUCCUUCGCCCCCACGCCCGCAGAAGGCUGGAUCCCUUUCUUCGGUCAGGAACUCCACAAACAUCUCAAUUUGGAAAGCCAUCAUCGAGAGUGGGAUAUUCUUGGACUCCUGAGCAUCAAUAAGACCCAAGCUGGCGUGUCCUCUGCUAAAGGUCCCCUCCCUGACACACCAGCAUGGAGACUUCGGGACCCAUAUGACAACAUCCAGCUCGGCCCUGAUCUCGUCCAUAAGAUUGCCUCCACCCUGCAUGACGAAGUGAGCCUCUAUUUCGUGUACAAACAACACAAGAAGACCCUCGGUUCCCUCCUCUCCAUCAACCUGCCUGGGAAGAUCAAACCCUUCAUUCAGGUGGUGUCCAAUCUGAAGACGCAACGCCUCAACUUCUUCUACCACGUGAAGGAAGACGCCAAGACCCACCAGGCGUCCUUCCACCUGCCAGACAAGGUUGGGUGGACUUGGACACGUCUUCUGCUGAGCGUGAACCAGACCGAUGCUCGUUUGUGGGUUAACUGCGCUCACUACAGUAAGGUCAGGCUGGCUGGGCACAUUGACCUUCAAAUACCUUCAGGAGGGUUGCUUUACUUCCGCCAAGAGCCUGGACUGAAGAACAAGCUGAUAGGCAGCAUCCAGAUGACGAAGCUCAUGAACUACAGCGUCAACAGUCGCAUCUGGAGGUGUUCCUAUGACUCGCAGUUUGGUCCCAGCUGGCGCCCUCCUCUUCUGGGCUAAACGGAUCCACUUAUCGCAAUUCCCCUCCUCUUCUUUAUUACCCGACCUGCUUCUCCCUGCACUCCUCCUCUCGCUCACCUCUCCACGUAUCUACAAAGGCAUGCCAUGUAUAACCACGUAACCAUAUCAGCAAGUUGCCUAUACUCUUACCUGUGACGCAGUUUUAAGUUUACUUCUCUCAUGUACACUCUCAUGAAUCUACUUCCGCACCCACGUCAAGUCUCACCAUUGUCAGUGUAAUUCUGUAUUCCCCACGUCUGUUUCCCGCCACCUGUCAGUGUUCAACCUAUCGAAACAUGUUGAAAGUAGCGAAGAGUGAAACAAUGUUGUAUCAAGCUAGAUUCAAGGACAGAGAACGUUACGAAAAUUAAUUAUUCCUCAAGAUGUGAAGAAAUCGAGAACUAAAUGAAGAAUGCGAAAACGUGAACAUCAUCUUUGAUUUUUCAAGACACGAAAGGAUCACGAAAAAUAUGAAGAGCUAAAAGCAUAACGCUACGAACACAAGAUCAGGUAAAGCAAGAAAUGUAAAAAAAUAAAUAAAUAAAUGAAAAUAGAAAUAAAUAGAUAAAUAAGAUAGAAGGAGAAGUUUACAAGAACUGAAACAUUUUUCUGUCAAGAUCAGAAAUUGUUGAAAAUAGCGGUGGAACUUCGGGAAAUCCAACAUAGAACAAAUGAACAUGAAGACCCUUUAGAGAACUUGACUUUUCCUUUUCCAAGUCAAGCUAUGAAAAAAUCAAGGUCUUUAUCCAUAAACAUAUUGAAUUUUUCCCUUUUGCAGUUUAAGACAACAGGAAAAUCAUUAUCUGUAGGGUAUUUCAUGACUUUUCUCUUCUCCAAUACAAGACGAGAGGAAAUUGAGUCCCUUUGCAGCUCUAGAUAAAGGAAAUUCAGGUCUUUAAAAGGAAAUUUGAAGCCUUUGAUCCUUUUCUCAUUAAGACGAGAAAAUCCGAGAGUCUUUUAGGGAACAUGAAAACUCUGAUAUUCUUUUUCAACUAAGAAGAAAUCCAAGCUUAAGGGAACUUGAAGAACAAAAGAUGGAGAACAGAAAGAACAAAACCCAACUUAUCCAUCCUGAAACUUGAACUUCGUCCUUCUUCAGAGUUUAAACAAGAACAAAGCAACAAAAACAGAAUUUAAGCUUUCCAUCCCCUUGAAGCCUCGUCCAUAUUCCUCAAGAAGAACAAAAACAACAAAAGGAACAUGAACAAAUCCCCUAUCCACACAGAACAAGAGGAUACUUACCCACACAUCUCCAUUUCCAUCUCUCAUCCACAUAUCCAAGUUCAAGGUGGCCAAAUGAUACGAAUUAGAAAUAAAGAAUUUUUUUGGGGUUUUUGCCUUGUAUUGUCUCUAAUUGGGCCGUAGGUGGUUAAGUUACAGUUGUUAGUUACGUAAUUAGCUGUGGUUUUAUGAGAAGUAGAUAUAGAUGUAAAUUGUUAGGACUGUUUCUUUCUUAUUUUUCAUGGUCUUGUCUUCCAAUACUCUCUCUCUCUCUCUCUCUCUCUCUCUCUCUCUCUCUCUCUCUCUCUCUCUUUCGCAUUCCGAGGUGACAAAAAUUAUGUGCUUUUUUCGUCCUUUUUUUUCUUUUUCUUUUUUAUUUUUUUAUUGACGAGCUUUUGAGAUUGAGACAAGGUGGCUGUGUGUGUGUGUGUGUGUGUGUGUGUGUGUGUGUGUGUGUGUGGGAAUAUCAGCACACUACUGCAUCCCUUCUUCGAUUUCCGCUAUACUUUCUCUGCCUCUGUCCUCUGUUACUGAGUUGAAAGAGAUUGACUGAUGGAUUGACUGAUUGAUGUAAAGCGUCGCAACAAAUGAGUCACACGGCGCUGCAAGUUUAAAUGGAAAGACAAACCUUCAGCAAUUGAUGUCUCAGUGAUUCGUUCGUCUCCAGUGAAGUAAAUACGAAAGUUACUGUUAACACUGUCACGUCUCGGUUUUCCUUUCAAGAGAGUGGACAGUACACUGGUCCCAUAAUGUUUUACGAACGAGUAAAUUGAAAAAGGAAAAUAAAAGAAAGAAUAAAAAGAAAAUAAAAAAUAAAAAUACGACAACGGAAAUGAAAAUGCAAAUAAUGAACUUUAUAAAUUGACUGACCAUAGAAGAGAAAGAGAAUAAGUGACAAGACUCCUAAGAGAAUGUAAUAGAAAAUAAAAGGAUAAGAAGUAAAACAGGAUAAAAUAAUAGGUCAGAGAACAAAAGAAGAAUAAACACCAAGAAUUAAGAGAGAAUGAAAUAGAAAGAACAAUAAGAAAUGAAGAAAAGAGAUGGAAAUAAAGUAACAGAACACGGACAAAUAAAAGAGUGAGAGAGUAACAAAAUAUAAAACAAAACAUCAGAAAAGAAAAAGUUAGAAAAAAUAAGAUUAAUCCACGAGAAAUAAAAAAGCGAUUAAUAAAAGACAACAGAUAAACAAACGAAUAGAAAAAAAAACUUAAGUAGAAAUAAAAGAAAAAGUAACAGAGGAUACAAAAACGAGGCUAAACUUUUCAAACAUAUCCUUCGGCAGCGCUCCUCAUAGAAACCAUCACUAGCCUGUAUUCAACGCAUUGCUCCCUCACCGCGACAAUCUCUCUCCACGACAAUUUUCCAAGGCUACAGAGACACUUUCAAAACAGUUCCUCCUCUAAAUUAACUACAAACCUUGCCAGUCCAUCACCCUAACUGUAAAAAUACGCUUAAAAACACGAGUAUCUUCAACUAAAGCCUUUGGAAACCAGUGAUGGUGAGAGAGCAAGGCGUUUCGUAGUACCAGCAUGAUAGAUCUAAUCAGAAGAAUACAUUAGAAAACAACCAAGUAUUAAAUCACUAUUACAUGUAUACCUCUACACUAUCACACGUAGGAGUAUACAUGGAUGCACUCAGAUUGUGACGUGUGCAGGAACCAGUCACCCCCAUGUAUAUCUGACCUUCGAGCCGAGGUUAUGUAUGUAUAUAUGUGCACGUAUGUAUAUGUAGACCUUUGAUUACGUGCACAUGCCUUGGAUAAUGUUUGUUCGUUUGUGUGUAAUAACUGUAGAUGCACCAAAUACCUGGAGAUGUUUGCCUAGGGGUCUUUAGUACGUGUGUGUGUGUGUGUGUGUGUGUGUGUGUGUCCUCGCGCUCCUACGAUUCUAAUGAGCUGCUUCCUUUGUAUAUGAAAAUGAUGAUGUAGUAGUAGUAGUAGUAGUAGUUGGUUUAGUAGUAGGUUUGAUAGUAGUUGGUGAGGAGUGGCGAUAAUGGUUGUGGAUUACUUUGAAGAAAUAAAAAAAAUGGUGACAGUGAAAAUGGUGAUAAUGAUGAUAGUGAUGAUGAUGAUGAUGAUGAUGAUGGUGGUGACCCGAGAAGUGAGUGUUGUAAUUAAUUGAUGUUCUUGAUGUUGCUAUAGGGACUGACAAAACUCGCUUUCUGUGUGUGUGUGUGUGUGUGUGUGUGUGUGUGUGUGUGUGUGUGUGUGUGUGUGUUCUUCUCACAUGUGCCACAGUCAAGUUUCAAUAGUGACAGUGACAGCCAUGGCCAGGAUUACCAUAAAGGUGUGUGUGUGUGUGUGUGUGUGUGUGUGUGUGUCAUCAGCCUGGCGAGCCUUGUGUGUUAGUUUGUAGAUAACUGUCUCGUGAAGCUGACUGCUGAGUAAUGCUGAAGUCGCUGAGGUCACUGAAAUGAUUUUUGUUUUCCUUCUACCUUCCUUUGCUUAUUUACCGUUGCUACUUUUCAUUCUAAGUAUAAGUGGGUUUAUUUUACGUUUCCCCAUCACUCAAAAGUACAAAAAGUAAUAACUCUCUACAAGAAUAUUCAAUUAGUUUAAAAAUUCAAGUUUAUCCAUACUUUUUAGUGCAUUUAGUUGUUUUUUGUUUUAACAAGAAAUAUAACCUUUUUUUUCUAGUACACAUCACGUGGUUAUCGUUCCUUUUUCUGAUGUAUUGACACUAUUUCAACGAAGUUCUUGUUUUCCUUUCCUUUUCGCAUUUGAUUGAAUUCUUACCGUCUUCCCCUGCCCCACCCCUUUUCCCAGUGGGUCGCAGCAUUAGUCACGUAGCAGCCAAUCAGUAGAGUUCCUCGCAGACUCAUAUUUCCAGGUAUUGUCUUUUAUAUUUUCUCACACGAACAUAUGUAGACUAGAAGAAGAAAAAAUAUAUAUACUAAAAUUG